UUUCAGAGCAUUUGCGCAAAUCGGGAUGUGGUAGCUGAAUUGCAUCUCCAUCUUAAGAUGGAGAAAUACAGAAACGCUCGACGCCAACGAGCGAGGCAGAGGAGGAAGAGUUCAGCAGGCGCACCUCAUAGACCGUGGGGAGAGGAGUCCAGAGAAGAGAAAGUAACCAAAGGGAAGCGUGCAAUCACAUCGUCAAGACCGAAUGCAAUGUGUUGUAAAACAUCGAAGAAGCCAAGAACAAAGGCUGAAAACGAUUGGCCUGAUGUGGAAUCCAUGUCCUGUCCGGCAGUGGGCGCUCCAAGAGUUUUCACCUGCUGUACUCCGGUUGAUUCGAGCUGGCAACAAUGGAGGGAGGUGAAGUGGUUUGGGGCAAUUGGGCCCUUGGUUUUGCUGGGCCAGGUGGCGGCCUAGUAAGCAAUAUCCAUGGUGGUGGCCUGCCUGCCUUUUUCGAUACCACCGAGACGGACGAGGCGAGAGAGAGAGAGAGAGAGAGCGGAGCCAGUCAGCCACCGCCUCCUCCGCUCGUCUCGUCUCGUCUCUCCUCCUCAAUCCCGAGGACGGAAUGGCAGCGACUGUCGCCUUGUUAAAAACAAACACAAGCGAUUCUUGGGGUUGCCCGCCCCCUCCCCGCCGUCCUAUCUAAGCCUUCAUUCCCCUUCUCCUCUCCGCCCGCCCCUACCAAUCUCUGUGGUAUAUUAUAUAUACGCUUCUGCUUGUUCUUGGUUUGCUCGAUUCAUUGCUUGGCCGGCGGCUGGACUCGUUGGUUUCUUGAUCUGCAUUUUUGCUGUUCUGAGCCGGACCCUCGCCGGAGAUGGAGAACGGGCACGCCAAGUAUCGGGUGGCGGUCAUUGGCAGCGGCAACUGGGGCAGCGUCGCCUCUCGCCUCAUCGCCUCCAACACCGCCAAGUUGCCCUCCUUCUAUGACGAAGUAAGGAUGUGGGUGUUUGAGGAGAUACUGCCAACAGGCAAGAAGCUAUCUGAGUCCAUUAACGAAGAAAAUGAGAACUGCAAAUAUUUGCCAGGUAUAAAGCUUGGAGCGAAUGUUAUUGCUGACCCCGACUUGGAAAGUGCAGUCAAAGAUGCGAAUAUGCUGGUUUUUGUGACCCCCCAUCAAUUUGUGGAGGGUAUAUGUAAGAAGCUCGUUGGGAAGCUAAGGCCAGGAGCUGAAGCUAUCUCCCUCAUUAAGGGCAUGGAGGUCAAGAUGGAAGGACCGUGCAUGAUAUCUAAGUUAAUUGCAGAUACACUUGGAAUCAAUUGCUGUGUUCUCAUGGGUGCAAACAUUGCAAAUGAGAUUGCUGUUGAGAUGUUCAGUGAAGCAACAAUUGGAUAUAGGAAAGAUAAGGAAGUGGCAAACCGAUGGGCUAAUCUUUUUACCACACCUUACUUCCUAGUUUCUGUUGCAGAAGAUAUUGAAGGAGUUGAGCUGUGUGGAACUCUGAAAAAUAUAGUGGCUAUUGCAGCAGGCCUUGUUGAUGGAUUGGAUAUGGGAAACAAUACAAAGGCUGCAAUUAUGAGGAUUGGUUUGCGGGAAAUGCGUGCAUUCUCUAAGCUUCUGUUUCCUUCAGUCAGAGAUAACACAUUCUUUGAGAGCUGUGGUGUGGCUGACCUAAUAACUACAUGCCUUGGCGGGAGAAACAGAAGAGUGGCGGAAGCCUUUGCAAGAAACGGUGGCAAAAGGUCUUUUGAUGAGCUGGAGGCAGAGAUGUUGCAUGGCCAAAAACUCCAGGGAGUGUCCACAGCAAGAGAAGUUUAUGAAGUCUUAACUUAUCGAGGGUGGCAGGAGCUGUUUCCUCUGUUAUCAACAGUGCAUGAGAUUUGUAUUGGACAAUUGCCUCCUACAUCAAUAGUUGAAUACAGUGAGCACACGCCCAACCUCUCGAUCAUCGGUGGUCCUACUCCGUUCUACUGAGCUUGAUACUACAAUUUGGACUACCGCUACAAUUCUCAGUACCACUUGUUAUAAACAAAGCAUGUUGAAAUAUACCGAACAUCUGAAUCUUUUUUACAUAUAACUAUGAUUUCAGUCAUGUCACCUUAUUAAGUGCAUGAUUUAUGAGUCCAUGCUUCUGUAUCCAGUUGGUUGAAAGUUUGUUGCCUAUUAAUCUUAAAUAUAAAUCAGUGAAUGAGAA